AUGGGAGCUGAGGAAGAGCAGGGCGGUGCCCUUCAGACCGCGAAGGACUUGUUCGCAGGAGCCAUGGGUGGCAUUGUCCAAGUUCUAGUUGGUCAGCCGUUUGACAUCGUCAAGGUCCGGCUCCAGACCACGUCCCAGUACAAGUCAGCCGUGGACGCCGCCACCUCAAUCUACAGGAACGAGGGCGCCCUGGCCUUCUACAAGGGCACCCUCACCCCCCUCGUCGGCAUCGGCGCCUGCGUCUCCGUCCAGUUCGGCGCCUUCCACCAGGCCCGCCGCUUCCUCGAGUCUCGCAACGCCGAGAAGGGAGGCUCGAACUCGGGCGCGCUCUCCUACAGCCAGUACGCGGCGGCGGGCGCCUUCGCCGGCGUGGCCAACUCGGUCCUCUCGGGGCCCAUCGAGCAUGUCCGCAUCCGCCUGCAGAGCCAGCCGCACGGCGCCGCCCGCCUCUACGACGGUCCCCUGGACUGCAUCCGCAAGCUGGGAGCCCACAAGGGCGUCCUCAAUGGCAUCUACCGCGGCGAGGUCGUCACCAUCUGGCGCGAGGCGUUCGCCUACGGCGCCUGGUUCGCCGCCUUCGAGUACAUGAUGAACAAGGACGCCGCCCGCAACAAGAUCGACCGCAAGGACAUCCCCGCCUACAAGGUCGCCUUCUACGGCGGUCUGGCGGGAGAGGCCCUCUGGCUCGCCAGCUACCCCUUCGACGUCGUCAAGAGCAAGAUGCAGACCGACGGCUUCGGCGCCGAGCAAAACUACCCGACCAUGCGCUCGUGCUUCGCCUCCACGUGGAAGGCCGAUGGGAUCAGGGGGUUCUGGAAGGGUAUUGGGCCUACCUUGUUGAGGGCGAUGCCGGUCAGCGCCUGUACCUUUGCGACGGUUGAGUUUACAAUGCGUUUGAUUAAUUAA